AUGGUGACUGAGAUAACUGUUGCAGGCAUUGAAGAAGAUGCAAUUAGCAACAAUACCACCAAUAUUAAUAUUGGAGCAAGGGGUUUGCCUUUCUUGUCCUUAAACCAUGUCUCUUUUGUCUGCAAAUCAGUCGACAAAUCUGUCGAGUUCUAUGAACAAGUUCUAGGAUUUGUGCUCAUCAAAAGGCCCUCUUCCUUCGACUUUGAAGGGGCUUGGUUGUUCAACCAUGGGAUUGGAAUCCAUCUUUUGGGAUCAGAAAGUGUGAAGGAGAAAAAAGGGAAAAUAAAUCCAAAAGACAAUCACAUCUCAUUCCAGUGCUCAGACAUGGACCUAAUAGUUCACCAACUGGAGAACAUGAAAGUAGAAUACAUAACAGCAGUGGUAAAAGAAGGUGGCAUAAUUGUGGACCAGAUUUUCUUCCAUGACCCUGAUGGCUACAUGAUCGAGAUUUGCAACUGCCAAAACUUGCCGGUCCUACCAAUCUCAUCUUUCCCACUCACGAACAAUAUGUCGAAUCACAACAUCAACCUCACACCAGCAUCUGCCCACGGAAGGAUGAAAUGCAGUGGAGAAGUAGAAGCUUUGAUGAUUGAGAACUUAGCUCUGGACAUGAUAAACAUUUCCAUUUGA